GUGGUGGUGGUGGUGGUCAUCUGGCCGCCUGUGCAUCAUCAUCAUCAUAGCCAUCAUCAUCCACUCUCCCUCUUCUCCCUCUUCACUUCUUCCCACAUCGUUUCUGCCAUCUCUCCUCUACUUCUCCCAUCCAUCUUCCCAUCGUUCCUAUAUUCUCUGUUAUCGAGAUUUCUUAACUAUCGUUUGACCUUGCUCAACUUUCAUUUUACUACUACUUAUCUCCUUAUCCGCUUAUCUCUAUCUAUCAUCAUGAGAUCCAAGUUCAAGGACGAGCACCCCUUCGAGAAGCGCAAGGCCGAAGCUGAGCGUAUUCGCCAGAAAUAUGCUGAUCGCAUUCCGGUCAUCUGCGAGAAGGUCGAGAAAUCGGACAUCGCCACUAUCGACAAGAAGAAAUAUCUGGUACCUGCAGACCUCACCGUCGGCCAGUUCGUCUACGUUAUCCGCAAGCGCAUCAAGCUCUCGCCUGAGAAAGCCAUUUUCAUCUUCGUCGACGAGGUUCUGCCCCCGACAGCUGCGCUAAUGAGCAGCAUCUACGAAGAACACAAGGAUGAGGAUGGCUUCCUCUAUAUCACAUACUCUGGCGAAAACACGUUUGGUGGCUGCUAAACUGCAGUCGAUCUUUCCGUUCAAACCUGGCCCCUCUUCCUUUGUGCCACGAUGCGGAGAACCAUCACGGGGUGUUUGAUCCGUCGUUUUUGGGAAAUCGAUUCUGGGACGGGAGACAAUAGCCGCACCGUAGAUGGAACAGAGGAGGCAGGCUUCAACUUGCUUUUCAUGCGCACAGGCGUUAUAUCAGGUGUUUCGUAAUGGCUUUGCUUGGCGAACGUUAAUUGGAUUGGUGUCCUUGAAUUGAAACGGAUUUCUCAGCCAUCAGCCUAUCUACAAACGGUAAAUUUCUUUUUCGCGGUCGAUACAGACAGAUAUUCUAGCAAGGAUCGACCAAUAUAAGCAGUUAUUCCUAUAUGGGUGA